AUGUCACCAUCAGGGCAUUCUCCCAGCGACCCAGAUGCAGCUUUCGUGCAGCGGCUAAGCGAGGCACACAGCUGCUCCUCCACCGGCCAGCCUGCCGGCCAAACGCUCACACCUCCACGCCCUUCUCUGCAGCCCUUCCAGCCCCGGCACAAAAGGGAAGCGCAGCACGAGACGCCUCCAGAUCGGGGCUCCUUCCCCGGGGCCGCUGGGGGAACCGGCCGGGGCCCCUCCGAGGCCGGGCCUGGCGCGCGGGGGCUGAGGCCAGGAGGCUCCGUCCGCGGCGGGGGCCUCCCUCGCAAGCGCCGACGCCCAGCCGCCCGGACCCCGCCGCGCCAGGGAGGCCGCUGCGCCUCGACGCCCGGCCGAGAUCGCCCGGCCGGGCCUUCGCCUCCUGCUGGCCCGCCUCAAACCCAGGAGAGGCGGCGACGCCCCUUCCCGCCGCCCCAGCUGCAGCGGCCGAGCCUCCCCAGCCCUCCUGCGCCGGCUGCAGCGGCGGCGCGCGAGCCGAGUGGCCGGCGGCGCUCGGCGGGCAGCGGAGAAGGCGGGCGGCGCGCUCCGCCUCCCCGGCAUCUCUCCCGCGAAGGCAGCACGCGGUCCGACACCCCCCGCUCGCCCCGCUUACCGGAGAGCCGCCGCCGCCGCCGCCGCGGAGCCAGCCGAGGGCGAGGAGGCGGCGAGGAGCUGCCGUCCGCCGGGGAAGGGCGCGGCGCGAGCCCGGAUGGAGGGGAGGGCGCCGGGCGGGGGUCUUCCGCUUCCUGCAUCGAGGGUCAGCGGGUGGGGGCCGGGCUGCUCUGGCUCCCGCGCCGAUGCCGGCCGAGGGAAGCGACGCCUCGCCGACAAGGUCCGCCCUCCCCGCCGGCCCCGGCCCUGCCCGCCCUCCCGUCCAAGCUGCGCAGCCGGGGAAGCGCAACCCCGCGGCGGGCGCUCGGCUCCGAGUCCCGAGAGCGCGGAUCCCCCACACGCCGCCCUGGCAAGGCAGCCGCGGCGCGGCCCAGACGGGCAACUGUGGCCGGGCAGCCCCCUCCUCUGCCGGCCCGUCUGCUGGCCCCUCCCCUCCCCUCGGCUGGAGGCUGCGGGGCGCCCCAGAGGCGGCCGCUGCGCAGGGAGGGGAGCCGGGCAGGCGGCCGUCUGCAGUGGGGGAAGCUGCGGAAAGAGCCGAGGCAAGCCGGCGACUGUUUCCCCAGGCAGCCUCUGCUGGAGGCGGCCAGGCCGAGCUUGUCCUUGGGGCUCCCGGCGCCUCGUCCCGGCCAAUGCCAGCCCUCGCUCAAAGGAGCCGAGCCACACCUUGCAGACAAGCCGAUGUCCCUGAAGGCGGGGCUGGGAGCUCCAGGCCUUGGCCGGCCUUAG